CACUCGAUCCAGAUCAUGGAAUCAUCACCAAAAGGUUUGCUCACUCAAGUGAAUCAACUCUGGAAUCUCCUAGAUGACUUGGCCGAAAGUGACCCUGAACACUAUGAGAAGUUCAUUCAACAGCAGCUGAAGGAAGGGGAGAGUCACUGUGCUGCCCCAGAGCCACAGCUCUGUCUGCAGACCAAGAUCUUGAAACCAGAACAAAAAGUAUUAUUCAUCAACCUAUGCCAAUGGAUAAGGAUUCCAGCACCCCAGUCAAAGGCAGAUCCUAUAUCUUUGAGUGUUGGCAAGCCAGAAGAUAUAUCUGAGACAUCAGAAUCAUACACAGUCAUUGAUAUUGCCUGCAACCCUGGUGUUCUCAAGGAAGCAAAAGAUGAUGAAAUGGAAAUGGAUCAACUGAUUCACCUAGUAAUGAAAUGCAUUGAGGAUCGAUACCAAUUUACUCUUUCCCAUUCCUAUUGCAUAACCAAAAUCAAGAAGAAAGGAAGCCUCCAAAGGAUGAAAAAGAGUUUUCUGGGAAUUCAAACUGACUCCACAGAUUUAAGUGAGAAAAUGAAGAAAGAACUAACACUUGAGCAGCUGAGAAACUGUAGUAUGAACAAUCAAGAUAAUAUUCCUCAACUUUUGCUGCCAAAGGACCUUAUUCCAAGCAAACAAGGAUGUCUAAUAGAGGAAAUUUCUAGUAGUGAGCAUCAAGAGGAGCUAAAGACUCCACACUAUGAGCUGACAGUUGUGAAGGAUCAGAAUGAAAGAUCACUGAAUAUUGAGAUGAAAGUUGAACUUCCUGGCCUUAGCUCUGUCUGUGACUGUGAUCUUAGUGUUUCUAAGGAUGACUUGGUGAUUGAGGUCUCCGAGAAGUACCGAUUACAGGUAGAUCUUCCAGAAUCAAUUGAUACUGAAACAACUACAGCAAAAUUUGUCACAGGGAAAGCUACAUUAAUCAUCACCAUGCCAGUACUACAGUAAAAGUGUAGCAUGGGUGUUAGUUCUACCUCUGAGUCAAUUUGUGAAGGAAUUAAAGCCUUUUGCAUCAUAGGUAAGAAAGUGGUGAUGUUAAACACCAAUUUCAGAAUUUUUAGACCAUUAGCACCUCCCUUCAGAUUAACAUAUUUCCUCUACUUUAUUGUCCCCUUCCUCACAAAGGAGCUCACCCUCAUCUUAGAUGAAUGAAACCUUAA